AUGGAAGGAGGAACAGAUGAAUUUAUCUAUGAUGAAGAGGUUUUAAAUUAUUAUGAUAAAAUCGGCUCUUCUAUGCUUAGAGCAAUGAAGAUUAAGCCUACUAAAGGUUUAGUCAAAGAUCAAAUAUUCGAACUAGAUUUGAAUAAAGGCAGACCUUAUUUCGCUAUUGAAGAAAACGAAAAAUAUUUACUAGUCCUUACUUUAACUACAAAUGAUGAGGAAAAACCAAAAAAGAAUAAAAAAGACAGAGAAGGUAAACCAUCAUUUAGUAGGUUUGGACCUAUAAAAUGCGAUUGUCUAUCCGAAGAAACUUACAUAAGGUUAGAAACUAAAAUUUUUAUAACUCGAGAGUUUAUUAAGGACUCUAAACUCGAGUUGUUUGCUAGGAAUAACAAAAUAAACCAUCAAUGUUUAUCCGAACCACAGUACUUGGAGUUAAGAGAAACAUUGGAUGCUUAUUGA